AAAAUUGAAACUGAAAAGAGGGAAACUAAACAAUAAUAAAAGCAACUUCUUCUUUUUCUUCCUCACCCAAAUCAAUAUACGUGUACAAGAAUAAAGAAUCUUCGAUUACUUGUAUAAAGGAGAGACUUCACAUUUUCCUAGUGGGUGUUUCAACUUUGUUUGAGCUUCUUAGCCGCCAAGGUACUUUGCCGAGAAAGCAGAUGCAAAGCAGACAAAGGAGAUGACAAAAGUAAAGUUAGGCUCAGAAAAGCGUAAGGAAGAGGAAAGCCAAAAAAGAAAGCAAGAUAAAAUCCCGGAGACACCUAAGUCAAGCAGCAAAACAUCUGAGUUUGAACCUUCCACGAGUAAAUCGCCAGAAAGUGCAAAAUCCAAUGCCUCAGUUCCACAGAAAACUAAAAAGGGAUCUGGCAAAGCCCAAAGUGAUGGUCUCAAGGGAAAGAACAGGUCCACGGAUGAAGACACUCAGGUGACCACUACAGCUGAAAAAUCUGCACCAAGCACACGCCGAGUGAAAAUUAUGCGUGAGCUUGGUUUGAUGGCUCCUUCUGGGUCUCCAUUUCAUAAAGGGGAACAUGUUUCUUCAUUUAUUCCCAAGGGACGUGUUUCUGCUCCUUCCAGGUCUUCAUCUCAUCCUAAGGAACGUCUUCCUCCAAUUCAGAGAAUAAUUGUUUGUGGUCUAUCUGCUGCUAGAUCCGCGGAUAAUGUUAUGAAGUAGCUUUUGUUUCUCAAUUGUUUGAUCCCUGGUAAGUCAGAGUUAGACAUGAUAUAGAAUACUCAAACUCCCAAGGUAUUGCUGAAGUUGUCAUAUGAGAGGGGGAUUUGGGACUGUAAGUUCGUGGGUGCAUAGGCGGAGUACUAUGCGCCCACUACUUUUUCUGGUGCUCCGCACCCACAUUUUAUUUUAGUGACGCGAGUUUAAACUUAGUAUUAAGAUGUAUCUUUAGAACAUUUUUACUACAUGUAUACCUCGAACAAAAGACAGCGGAUGCAAUACACCUGCUGCCUUUGCCAGUGUGUGGCGAAGUUGUAAUACCAAUUGUAGAAAUACACUUCUUUUUGUGUUCCCCUUCAUAGUGGAUGCAGCUAAAGAAACCUGAGAGUAAUUGAGGGCUACCCUCUUAAAAGCAAAAUACAGUUCACUUUGCACUUU